AUGUAUAGAUUAUUUCUCAAGUCAUUCAUCAAUAAGUGCCCCAGCAAAACUAUAAAAUUCGUUCUUGCUUCCAAUACCGACUUUCUCGUUCAAAGCAUUCAAGAUUCCUUUGAUUCAGAUGGAACAUUACAGUCUAAGGUCUAUUUUAAUCUUUGGGUUAGCUUUUUAUCUCUUUAUGAUCAUUGCCCCUCUAAUAAAAUCCAGGGAUACCUAAGGGAUUUUGGCCAACUUGAGAGUCUACUUCACGGUAGUAUUCAAAAACUGCUCUCAGAGCUUCUGAUACUCUUUGGCUAUAAAGCAAAUGUCUGUGUUUCCAAGCUAUACACCCUUGAAGUAUUCCUCAUAUCAUUUGUUAAUAUUAGUAUUGCUGAUAAGGUAUCAAUCAAUGAAAAUACCGAAUUGGCAAGAGAAAGCCAUUCAGCAAGUAAAGUGAUAAGAAGGAUGUUAAAAACUCUACAUAUUGUACCGGGUGCAGUGGCAUAUGGAGGAAGAUCUAUAAAGGAGCAUGCACAGACACACAGAUGCACCAAUGAAAGCUGCCAUGGCAAGAUACUUGUAAUAUCCCAGAAUGGUAUUUCAUAUGUUGUGUGCAUGAAUGAUAAGACGAUAUCAAAGAAGCAUACUGAAUGCCUGAAAUGUAGUACCUGUGGAUCCAAGCUGGAAAAGAUACAGACAAGAGUAUGCUAUGAAUACCGAUAUUUUAUAUCUAUGAUUAAUGAGUCUAUAGGUAAUGAUUGCUUUAUGAACCGGUACUUGACCAUGAAAUCUUCUAUAAAACUCGUCGAGCACCCUACUGGGGAUAAACCUUUUAAAUUUGAUGUAAGAGUGGUGGGAUAUUUGGCCAGGGACCAGUUUGGAAGAGUGUAUUUUCACUGUCUUUCUUUGAAUGAAUUGACUGGGUGCUCAUUAAGAAAGCUAAAUUUUGAGCAUCAGUUAACAUCAGUGAGAAAUUCGCCAGAUUCAUCAAUGAAAAAACUCCAAGCAGCCACAUCCAAGAUUUUAAGUCACAAAAAGACUGUGACACUGAUAGAUUCGAUUGUUGUUGCUAUUGCCAAUAUUUUCAAUGGCUGUUGCUUUGACGAUAAUGCAGCAUAUAGCAGCAAAGAGGAAUGCACACUUAUGAUCAGCAGUCCAGCAUCCAUCAAGGAAUUCAUAUCACCAAACGAUAGAAGAAAUGCCAAGGAAGCCAACAGCGAAAGAAGAAUGCUCAUCCAAACCAACGACGUCAGCUAUGUUAUUUCAAUAUUCAGAAGUGUGUGCAACAUUACAGUGUUUUACUCGGCGAAGGAGUUUAUUAAAAACUACAAACGCUGCGCACAAUGUAUUUAUAUUUCAGAACAAAUCCCAAGGAAUAUAAAGAAGAGCAUUUUGAGGGACUGUGCUGAUUUCGAAUUUAAUAUUAAUAUCGACAGCGAAUCUUUGCUUGAUUGCAGUGCCUAUGAGUAUUCUCAGACAAAGCCCGUAACGAUGGACAAAAGAUGGGUAGGCUUGGAUGAAAAUGAACAGGCCCUACUUAAAGAAGUAUUUACAAAGCAAAGAAGCAUGUUCAAGGGGUUAAUAAAGCCAUACAAACUAUUAAGAACAACAGAGGCAUUGUAUAUAUCACUUAAACAGCUGACAGGCGACAGUGAGUCAAUAUUUAUGAUAUUAGAACACUUCAAUAAAUGUUUAGUAUAG